GGUGAGCAGUCGUCGUGUGGUUCCGGUUCUGGCAAAAGUUCGUCGCUUCGGUUGUGGCCGUGUGUGACCGUUGUCCGUGGAGGAAAAUAGCUGAUGGAGGAGGAAAAAAUUGCUUAAUCGUCCUCGCAUUUCCCACGGACGUAAAGCAUAGUGUGGAACAUCUCCGCUCGGGGUUCGAGUCUGUGUGAGUGACAGUCAACGUCGUCCAGAUUUGAAGGGCUGGCUGUUGGAGAAGGCGUUGGAGUGCGUUCAGAAAAACUAUCUGCGUCCUCCAAGUUUUCGGCAAAAUCGACUCUGACUUGGCUGGCGCGUUGUCUCGGUGUGUUGGUGCGAGUGGAAAUGACCGUGUCGUCAAAAUAAGUCCCCGACACGGGAGGCGGUGGUGAAUACGGGCCUCACAUCGGUGGCGUUCGUAACAAGGGAUGCCGUGUCUGUGUCUAAGAAAAGAACACCACUUUUGUCAAGUGUGGCGAGAAGGAUGUAGCGGGUGAUGGCGGUGAUGAUGAUGGGUUCUUUUUUGCGCGAGCUGGUCGCGAAAUCCCCAGCAGUAGCAGCAGCAACAGCAGUGCCCCGUAAUCAACAGAGUGGUUGUGAGUGAUUGAGCAGCAGCAGAAGCAGUUAUACGGAAAAUUAGAAGAAGAGAAAGCGGAGAGCAGGAAAAUUACGAAUCAAUUCAAGUGUGCCGCGGCAAAGGGGUGGGGAUCAGCUGCUGAUUGGAGGAGUUUUCCUCGCAGGAAAGCAAAGCAAAUUUUCUCCUUGAAUGGCAAGUGGCAUGCCAGAGUGCAUCGAUAGUGAAUGAAUUUGAAUAAGGGUCAGAGGAAAAGAGCCAAAGGGUAGUGAAUUUUCAAAAGGAUUUACUCUGUGAAGUCGAAACGUCAGUUCGAGCAUUGAACGGGGGUGAAUAAGAGGCGUGUGCUCAGAGGAAGGGACAAGGGUGCAAGUGACUUUACGGCCUACUUGCAUACAUUUUGCUUUUGAAACUACAAUUCAAGCUAUGCAGGUGGGCACGGGAGGAAACACGCAGCCUCCAGACAUACCUACCAACAACAUAAGCCCUCAAUUGCAUGCAGUUGCAAGCGGACUUCGGCAUCAGUAAACGUUGAGCGAGAGACUCAAAGCAUCCUUUGGGGGAGAGUGAGCAGCAACAGCAGUGAGCAAACUAUUCCAAUUCGUUUUCGGCGAGUAGAAAGCAGAGGGACAACAUUUUCCAAACAACCUUCGGAAAGUGGAAAACCUAUUGAAACAAACUUAGCCUGGCGCUUUUCCCAACGGUGUGUGUGUGUAUAAGCGCGUUCAUGUGACCUGCCCACGGCGGCGGUGCUGGGCUGUUUCUGCGGUGACAACCCAUGAAUUGCUGGUCCCCUAAGUCGGAAGAACAACCGACGAGAAAAGUAUUAAAAAAGUAUUAAAACAAAAAUAAAAAUAUCUAUUAAAGUUCAGCGCGAGGGCCGCCUGGCGGAACGACGUGACGUUCGGAUCGGGAUCUCGUCGUUUCGUGUAGCGGAAUGCCGCAGCACCAUCGAGUGUAACUAGCAGCGGCCGUAGUCGUAGUCCUCGUCGUCGUCGCCGUGGCCCAAAUUUGUCUACGUCGUCGCGACGCCGCCACCGACCGGCGAAAAUAUGGUGUGUGGAGAGCAAUGAAAAAUGAAGAAAAAUGUUUGGAUCGCACGUUAUAUAACUACUAAAAUAGAAUCCAUCAGCAGCGUUGUCAUUCGGGUGUGUAGAGCUCGCCGUGUCCCCCUCGCACACUCCGACGAACCCAGCGAGGUCCGCUGAAUCGUUACGCGCGAAUGUGAGAUUGUCGAUAGCUGUGGCCGCGUCGCAUGUGUGUGCCGUGCUGUCCGCGAAGUCGUUGAGACGCGGUGAGAAUCAGGUGGUGGUGUAGUGGGCGGAACGAGGCUGUGAUGAUGCUGCCCCGUGUAAAUAUCUUAUGGUGGUUGACAUGACGACCAAGCCGUCGUUUACUUCGAUGUAGGGAAGCACAGAAAUAUGAUAAAUAAUUUCGAGAUUAUGCUUUGAAGAAGCAAGCAGGGGACAAAGAAGAACAAGACGUGAAGAAAAUACGUGAAUCCCGGGCCCAAAACGGCGGAAAGAUUGUCAUAUUGAUUGCAGUGGUGGUGUGAAUUUAAAAAGGUUCGCUUUACCAGGAGGACACCAACCCCCUGUCGGUCUUUGAAAUCAGAGCAAAUUUCAAUCUAAUCAAACCGCUGCUGCUACUGCUGUCACGGCAGGCCGGGAAUGCAGUGGUGCUUUCGUGGAGGAGGGAAACGCUCUCGGAAGAAACCAUUCAACAAACGGAUGUAAAUAUCGGCGGAAGGGGAGCAUACGGUAGGACUCCAACGUAGGGAAGUUGAAAGAAAUUAGACGCCGAACCGCCACGUGGGAGCCGGUGGGUGUGGCGGAGUGGAAGGUAUCAACGCGAGAGACAUGAGUCUCCGAGGAUUUAUAGCAGUGCUUCUGGUCGGAAUCAACGUUAUUGCAGCCGGAACGUCGUUACUGUUGGGAUUACUUGUGACAGGUGCUCGGCCGGUGAUUGGGACGAGCGUGGGUCUGGCCAAUCAGCUCUUGGAGCAACAACAACAGCAACAGCAUCAACAACAGCAGCCUCAGCAAUCUCCACAAGCGCCAAUUGUAGCAGAACUACCGCAGCUGGGCCUACUGCGUUCACUGCCGGUGGCAACGGAACCCACACCGAAUGCUGCCGCGAAUAUCAUUAACCUGGACCGGGAUGGCGGGGUCAGCUUCAUCCCGCGGAAGGACUUCCGACCGCAGCGGGCGGUGCCGGCCGAGUACGCCGGGGCUUCGGCCAUGCCACACUGCGAGUCCUUUACCAUGGGCAACCCGGACCAGAAGAUGUUGUACAGCCCGGGAGCUCCCGGGAACUAUCCGAACAAUAGCGACUGCGUCGUAGUGCUGGAGGCCCCGGUGGGGUCACUGGUACGGCUAGAUUUUCGCGAUCAUUUCCAUAUCGAACCGUCGGAGGAGUGUAAAUAUGACUUUUUAGAGAUUCGAGACGGUGCCCACGGUUUCUCGACGCUGCUCGGCAAGUAUUGCGGCACGACCUACCCGCCGAUGAUCACCUCAAAGGAACGCUUCCUCUGGCUGCGCUUCCACUCGGACGAGAACAUCGAGUACAGUGGUUUCGUCGUCGUCUACGAAUACGUGCCAAGGCCGACGUCAUUCUACGACGACGAGGGCUGUCGCAUCGAAGUGUCCGGCAUGGAGGGUUUUCUCAACCGAACCGACGUGCCCCGGGAAAAGCAACAGACGGUCAUCGAGCACGGGCUGGCGCUGGACUGCAUGUGGGUGGUCACCGUGCAGGACGGGUGGAAGAUUCAGCUUUCGUUUCUCAUGUUCAAGCUGGAAAAGCCCAACGACUGCGAAAGCAAUUUCGUGGACGUGUUCACCGAGCGAACCGAUCUGCCAUCAAGACUGAAGAACUUUUGUGGUUCGAUUGCCGACUCGGUGGUGUCCAAGUCGAACGUGCUGCACAUCCGAUUCUUCACCGAAGCAUCCGCCAUCAAUUCUACCUUCUCGAUACUGUUCACUGCAUUUAGGGAGAAAGCGGCCGGUGAAACUUGUGAUGAUGAGGAGUACGAUUGCGAGGACGCUACAUGCAUUUCUUCCGAUCUUCGAUGCAACGGACGAAUCAAUUGUCGAUUCCGAUGGGAUGAAGACGAGUGCCAUACAAAAACCCAAUCUCAAUCGGAGCACGUGACAAUCAUCAUGGUGGUGUUUGGACUCAUCUUCGGUAGCAUGGUGAUAGCGUUCGUAAUUAAAAUCGUUCGCAAGAUCAUUCGGGAUCACAAAAUCAUCCGGGAGCACAUUCGUCAGUCGCGCGAAAGCAAACUAAACGAACUGGGUCGACAUUCGACGAAGAAGCCAGUCGAUCUGGACAUCACGAAGUUUCCGCCACCGGCAUUCGACAAGGAACCGAUCAACGUGCUGGAGAAUGCCGCCAACAGUUACUAUCGCGAGGUGAUCUCGCCUUCGCUGGUUGGAGGCGGUAGUGGUGGAAGUGGCGGAGGGGGAAGUGCCGGAGUAGGAAGCGGAAGUCACAUGUUCAGCAGCAGCAGUAGAAUAGAUAUGAAGAACGACCCCAGUCGGAGCCAGCAGGAAAUUCAGGACAUCCUGCGGAGUAGCUACCAUGAUGACCCGCUGCGGGCGGCAACUAUGGGCAUGAAGGAUGCCGGCAUGUGCGACAUGGCUUGCCAAACGAGGGAAUCCCUCUUCCAACCGGUGUUCAAGAACAAGAUCACCCAAUCACCGAAUCCCAACAGUAUACGGUUUUCGACCUUCGGGUACGAAGCCCAACAGCCGGGCGGUCAUUCGCCGCCGACUCAGCUGCCCUCGGUGACGCCUCCACCGCCGAAGGUGAAACAUCACCACCAUCAUCAUCAUCACCACCACACGGGAGGCGGCGGAGGAGGAGGCACGCUAGACCGCAGCAAAGGUAACAAAUUCGAGAUGCAGGACCUCAGCGGGACCGGCGUCGGUGGUGGCAUUUCGAUCGGCGUCGGAGGAGAUGAGGAAACGGAUCUUCAAGGUGGCGGAUUCGGGGGCGGUCACCAGCACGGCCAUCAUCACCACCAUCAUCAGCAGCACUUGCAGCAGCCAAAGGUUGUACUAGAGCGGGAUUUGGAUCCGACGACGGGAAUGAACAUCCGGAAGUCGGCACCGGAUGUCAUCAUCAUGACGUCGUCCCACUGAUUCUAAGGCGGGGGGAAAUGGGGUUCUGUUUGUUGGAAUAUUAUUGUUUAUAGGAAGAUGUAAAUUGAUUGGACUUGUGGCGGGCCAGACCCUAUACCAGCGUCGAAGCUGGUGACAAGGUGACGUCCUUGGUUUCGCCAUCGAAGUAAUGUUUUGUGUUGUAGAAUUAAGAAAAUAAUGCGCUGGAACGUUUUCCGGAAGGGAAGAGGAGAAUAGGUUCGACUUUUGUUUUAUCUUAGGAAAAUCUUGUAGUGACAAUUUUAGUAUUCAAUUUCACGUGGGUGGGUGAAUUUUCUUGCAAGGAGGAAACAAAAGACGAAAUAUAGUAAGGAAGAAUGAACAGGAAAGUGUAGGUAUAAGACUGGAUAUUGAUGGUGGCUGAGAAAAAUGUGUCGUGGGAACACACUUUGAAUUGCUUUGAGUAUGAAAAGGAAUGUUAGGAUGCCGAAAAGGUAAUUUGAAGCGAUGUAUGAAAAACAUCCGUUUGGUGUGAUAACAUGAACUGUAUUUCAAGAGUGCAUUAUGCUAUUUGUUGAAGUACAAUUAACAAAAAGUUGAGAAACAGCAUCCAAGAUUGUAGUUACUCGACACUUCCAUGUUCGUGUGUUCAAUAAUGGGCAACAUAAAUCUGGUUUCUUACACAUAGCGAUGUUCGAAACUUUCGCCGGAGAUAUGUUUCAAUCUUGAUAAAAUGGCAAGACUGCAUUUGUCUGUACGGGAAAGAUUCCUCAAGUGUCCGUAAAUUACUUACCAUAAAUUAGACUACCAGUCUGAUAAGAGUUUUGUAGAUGUCAGUUGGGUACUAUUCCGAGGAGGCUUGCAGAGCACAAAUUGAGUUCGAUUUUCUGCCAUGAUUAUUUUCUUUUAAUAUUUACUUCAUAUUGCACGGAUAGAUGGCUGAUCCGAUCCGCUUAACUGUCCACCAAGCGAUAAAUACAAAAUGAGAUAUGAGAAGUGAGACGUUCUGCUUCUUAUUGUAGAUCCAGUUGAAAACUGAACUGAGCUCUCGCGACAAUUGCAUUUUCUCCCAUUUCUGGAUGUCGCAACUGCAUCGCGAGUAGUGCGCAUCCAUGCCAUAGCCGUGCGCCAUCCUGCGCACCACUCGCGAUGCAGU